AUGAAAGCGCCUGAUUGUGUGACGCUGCCAAUAUACUUCUCGCCCACAGAGCAUGCACUUGACAGGGACCUGUUUCUUUAUACUUUGCAACUGUGCACUCGUCAACUCAACGAGGAGGACAUUACAGGGGCUCUUGGUGGAAAGCUCGACAGAGAUCUGUACUUAGAAACCGUCUUAGCGAUCCAGCAACUCGAAAGGUGCGCUAGCACUGUGUGUGUCCGGCUCAGGGGGCACAUUACGUACUGGACUAUUCACAAGGACACAAUCAUCCCUGUUGGUACAAAAAACAUUCGUGUCGACGAUGGCAGACAAUUUGAUGGUUAUAUUUCAAUAAAUGAUGAGCCUUUGGGACCUGGCGAGUACCCAGUCGGUGACGUGCCCGUUACGGACGGCAAGGUUACAAAAGAUAGAAAAUUUGUGACACCAUUCCUCAUCAGUGUGAGUAAAUUUCCCCCUUCAGACGUUUACAUAUGCCAACUUUUCUAG